AUUUAUAAGAUAAACCUAAGCAUUAAGCUAAUAGGCUUAGUAGGUAUUUACUAUUAUUUAUUUAGUCUAAACUUAAGUAAAAAUUAUACCUAGCAUUAUCAUAUUUUAGUUCUUAAUAUAUGCUGAUUGUUUGUCGCAAUUAUUCAAUACAUUCGAUUUAAAUCAGUAAGUUUGUUAAUAUCACAUUUUAAAAAUAGGCUUUUUAUAAUAUGGAUAAUAAUCAUGAAACAGCAGCAACUAAACCAGAAGGUCUAGAACAAGAUGAGUUAAUAAUUCAACAACACCGAGAAAUUGAAAAGGAGAUUUCUGAUUCUAUAUUGUUAAUUGGUGAAAAAGAAGAAUUAACAUCACUUGAAACCGAAUACAUCAAUGAUCCCGUGUACUUAACUAAAAUUCAAGAUCUAAAUAAAAAGUACAAGUGCAUGAGACGUGCAAGACCAGAUGGUAACUGCUUCUUUAGGUCAUUUGCUUUUGCAUAUUUUGAAUAUUUGAUAGACCAUAAUGAAGAAUAUAAGCAUUUUAAAGAGCGUGCUCUAAAAAGCAAAGAUGAACUGAUCUCUUGUGGUUUUACACAAUUCACAUUGGAGGAUUUUCAUGAUACAUUUAUGGAAGUGGUAAAUUUGAUUGGUGAAGGCCAACAUGAAAAAUUAUAUGAUACUUUCAAUAUGCAAGGUUACUCAGACUAUGUGGUAGUGUAUCUUCGUUUGAUAACCUCAGGACAACUGCAAAAAGAUGCUGAGUUUUAUAAACAUUUUAUUGAGGGGGAUCGGACUGUUGUAGAGUUUUGUCACCAGGAAGUAGAACCGAUGUUUAAAGAAAGUGAUCAUAUUCAUAUUAUUGCAUUAAGUACAGCUUUAAAUGUUGGAGUUCGAGUAAGAUAUAUGGAUAGAGGUGAAUCAUCUGAAGCUAUUGCUCAUGAUUUCCCUGAAGGAUCUCCAGUUUGUGUUCAUCUUCUCUAUAGGCCAGGCCAUUAUGAUAUAUUAUACAGUAGAUAAAGUCAAAUGUAAUGAAAUAUGGAGUUAUUUAAUAAUACAAUCAAAGUCAACAUCAUUA